AGUAAUUAGUAACCUGCCCCCCAUUUCCAACCCUCUGCACAAGCACAGCUCUGAUCAACAGGUCACGACUGAGACCGAAGGAGGACAGGAGAAGAUACGAGAAACAAGGACUGACUGAUUCCAUCUGACCUACAGCUCUCAUGUCUCCCGUUUGGCUUGGACGAAUAUGUUUGGUCCUGCUUCUGUGCAGGAUUGUGGCACCGAGAGCCAGCAGCAGAUCUAAUCGAAGGAAACGAGAGUGGAUUCUUCCACCAACAAGACUUUAUGAGAAUAUUGACUACACAAAAGAGGAGUUUGUGGCAAAGAUCCGAUCUGAUAAAGAUAUUAACUGGCAGAUGGUGGAAUAUAGACUAAGAGGUCACGGCGCUGACAAGGCACCUUACAACUUGUUUGUUAUCAAUCCUGAAAAUGGCUAUGUUAGGGUCACCAGCCUGCUAGACAGAGAGAAAACAUCCUUAUACAAUCUGACUGGCAUAGCGACAUUUCGUAACGGAUCAAUAGCAGAAGAAAACAUUGAGCUGAAGAUCAAAGUUGAGGAUCAGAAUGAUAACCCACCAAUAUUCAGAUUACAGAGGGGAUCUGUGAGGGAAAGCAGCAAGAUUGGAACACCUGUCGUGCAAAUAAGAGCUACUGAUGCCGAUGAACCGGACACUCUUAAUUCCAAAAUAGCAUACAGUAUUUUAAGACAAACCCCAGCCGAAUCUGGCCAUUUGUUCUCCAUUGAUAAAACAACUGGGAUAGUCUAUGUGAAGGAGAAAACCCUGGAUCGAGAGAGACACGACACAUAUACUUUAAUAGUUCAGGGAGUUGAUAUGAACGGAGCGCCGUCUGGCAACACAGGAACAGGCACUGUUCAAAUUCAUAUUUUGGAUAUAAAUGACAAUGUUCCCACUCUUGAGAAAGAAGAGUAUUCAGGCAGUGUGGAUGAAGGUAUGAUUGAUGUGGUUGUCAUGAGAAUUAAAGCCCUGGACAAGGAUCUUGAAUUCACUGAUAACUGGCUGGCAGUGUUUGAUAUCCAUAAAGGAAAUGAAGACAACCUCUUCUCAAUUGAAACAGACCCUAAAACGAAUGAGGGAAUCCUAAAACUGGUCAAGCCUGUUGAUUUUGAAAAGGUAAAAGAAUUGGACCUCAGUUUGGUUAUUUCGAAUGUAGCUCCUUUCAUAAAUGGAAGUGCUCUAGAGCUGGACGUUAAUUUGGACAAGGAUUUAGGGGCUGGCGCAGGCCUAGGAGGAGGGGGCGGGGCAGGAGCAGGUUUGGGAGCAGGGUUAGGAGUAGGCUUAGGUUUGGGAGGAGGACUGGGUGCUGGACUGGGUGCUGGACUGGAUGCUGGACUGGAUGCUGGACUGGGUGCUGGACUGGAUUUGGAUGCUGGAUUGGACGUAGAUGCUGGACUGGAUGCUGGAUUGGAUCUGGGUGCUGGAGUGGAUGUGGGAGUGGAUGCAGGUGGUGGCAUUGGGCUUAAACCUGAUGGCAAGCCUGGAGUUAAGCCUGGAGCCAAGCCUGGCCCCUCACCUGGUGUCAAGCCUGGAACAAAACCUGGUACUAAACCAUCUGGCAAACCUGGUUCUGAGCCUGAUAAAAAACCAGCUGGGAAAGGUUACCCAGUUAAGAUCAGUGUAAACAACCUACCCGACGGUCCUAGCUUCUCACCUUCUGUGAAAGACUUCCCAGUGUCAGAAGAUCCAGAUGAUGAAGAUUUCCCAAUAGUGCUGGGAACGUAUGCUGCUUUGGAUGGCGACACUGGAGAACCAGCUGAAAAUGUGAGGUAUGCUAAAGGUCAUGAUCCUGAAAACUGGCUAAGCAUUGAUGAGGAAACUGCUGAGAUUAAACUGACAAAGGCUCCUGAUCGAGAAUCUAAGUUUUUGGUCAAUGGAACCUACUUUGCGAAGAUUAUCUGCAUGACUCAAGAUGUGCCAUCUAAGACAGCAACUGGGACAAUAGCAUUAAAGGUGGAGGACUCAAAUGAUCACUGCCCAGCACUGACCAGCACCUAUCAUCAAACUUGUGAUAAUAAUAAAGUGGUAAAUAUCACGGCUUUCGACGGGGAUGCCGAUCCAAAUGGAGCUCCUUAUCAAUUUGUUCUGAUAGAAGAGGAAAGUGUUGGAAAAUGGGAGAUGGUGCCUAUAAACGGAACAACAGUAAGCUUUCAUGCACUGGAGGCUUUGUGGCCAGGCAUGUACAAGCUUGCAAUGAAAAUCUCAGACGCUCAGGGUCUGGCCUGUCCAGACAACCAAAACUUUGAGGUAGAAGUUUGUAAAUGUGAGAAAAAAGGCUCAUGUGGGCCGAGACUGGCUGCACAGCGUGGCUUACCAUUCAAAAUAGGAAUACCAGCCAUUGGCUUGUUCCUCAGUGGUGCAGCUUUGCUCUUGUUAGCACCUUUCCUCCUGAUCUUCUGCCAGUGUGGGACUGUGAAGGAAUUCACAGAUUUGCCCUUUUACACCAAAGAAUCUCUCAUUGCAUAUCACACUGAAGGCAUAGGAGAGGACAAGGAGGUUCCUCUUCUCAGCAGUCCCGUUGCUACAAUAGACCAAAAACAACUGUUCCCGGAUGGAACAGUUUCCAACUAUGUAUCCAACAAUGUAUCAUCAAUGCCCUUUAAAGCAAGUGUCACUAAUGAAAGCAGAACAUUCAACCAGGAAAUAAACAAAGGGUUUACCGAAACUGACAGCAAAAGGUUUUUGUCUCGGCAAAACACCUUUUCAACAGCCAACCAACGCAACAGUGCUCUCUACUCUACAUCACUCACAUAUGAAAAACAAGAUAUUUAUGAGGAUAUGGCAGUGGGAGAUGCUUUUCUCAAUGAAUAUUUCUCUCAGAAAGCAAGCUGUCUUGCAGUGAACCCUCCUCUGGAAGAUGGUCUUCUGUUGUAUGAGUAUGAGGGUCAAGGCAGCCCGGCUGGCUCUGUUGGUCGUUGCAGCCUCCUUGAGUCUGACAAUGACCUGGAGUUCCUCAACAACCUAGGGUCAAAGUUUCUUACAUUAGCGGAACUAUGCCAUCCUCUGAAGCCUCCUGUACCCACUUCCAAAACUGAGCAAGUAGUCAAAUCAGUUGAAACUAGCUUUAAAACCGAGAGCUCCAUCAGUUCUAGCAAUGUCCAGGUUACCAAAACCAUCCCACCUCCACAAGAAGUACAGCAAAGCUCUGUUACCAAAGUUGAGAUGGUUAAUAAAUCAGCCACGCUUCCAAGUGCCAAAGCAAGUGAGUUGCGUUUUGUGCAACAGCAGCCUCUAUACUACCUGGUGGAGCAGCAAAUACCAAACACAGUUUUUGUUGAGAGUCCCAAUCAGGGUUUGUAUGUAAUAAAUGGAAACCCUGGGACGGAAGGUUUGAUCCUCCAAGGCGGAAACAUUUCACAUGCGACUCUGAGUCGAGGACAACAAGCAAUGUAUGUGAUUAAUGGAGCCCCUGUAGCUGCUAAUCAGCCGAUACAGCUGCAAAUGGAAGGGCAGCAACAGGAGACUGUGCUGGGAUUUAGCCCUGUCUCAUCUCCCAUCGGAUCACCUGGCGGCGUACUGCUAAUGCAGACCCACUUUCAGGAGAACCCAAUGCAGGGGGCGACCAGCAGACCACCAAUCUUGCUUGCUGAUGUUCCAACACUGGGCAAACAAAAGAAAAAGAAGACACCAGCUGAGUCACUGGGUACUAAAGAAGUGAAGCCUCAAGCUAAAGACACUGCGCCAUCUAAAUAAAUAUGAGAAGAUCCAAGAUAGAUAGAUAGAUAGAUAGAUAGAUACAGACGGACGGACAUAUCGAUUUGAUGAUCAAGAAAAAUUUCUUAUUAAUGUUGAUAUUAAUGUUUUUUCAGGAUUCUUCGAUGAACGGAAAGUUCAAAAGAACAGAAUUCUUUUAAAUAUAUAUUUU